AUGGCUGAUCCUGGGAACAGAAGAGGGAUCCAUCGCCCCUUGAGCCUCAUCUGCUCCCUGCUCAUUGUGGGAAUGUGCUGUGUGUCUCCUUUCUUCUGUCACAGCCAGACAGAUUUGCUUGCUCUGAACCAAGCAGAUCCACAGUGCUGGGAGUCUUCCUCUGUUCUCCUGCUGGAAAUGCGAAAGCCUCGCAUUUCCAACUCUGUUUCAGGCUUCUGGGACUUUAUGAUCUACCUGAAGUCAUCUGAGAACUUGAAGCAUGGGGCACUGUUUUGGGAUCUGGCCCAACUCUUCUGGGACAUCUAUGUGGACUGUGUUCUUUCCAGGAAUCAUGGCUUAGGAAGGAGGCAAUUGGAUGGAGAAGAUGAGAAAAUCUCCCGUGCACAAUUACAACAUACAGGGAGUAAGCAAGGUGUAUAUUCUCAGCUUCUAAGAACCCCUUUCCUAAAGAAGAAAGAGUUGAUUGAAGAUUUGAUAAGCAGGCAUGUGCACAGGAGUGGGCCUAGGUUUGUUGGAAAAUUGAGCCUGGAUAUAAAGCGAAAGUAA